CUUGGUGGAAACUCUUGAAUGUGUAGCAGUUGAAGCAAGGAGAAUCCACCCAUCACGAUGGUUGCCUCAGGUGCUUUGACAACAGAGAUUUUAAAUCAAUUGCGUGCAAAAUUUUAUGAAGAUAAUCGUAAUACCUUGGCACAAAAUGUAUGUACCAGGACCAAUCCCUUGGAAGCCUGUGUUUCACGAAAAGUUCUGCAAGAGUCACGGCAUAUAUUUUCUCAUAAGAUUGUAACAGAAGGAAAACCUAUAACAAAUCAAAAAAGUUCAGGGCGAUGUUGGAUAUUUUCAACUUUAAAUGUUAUAAGAAUCACCUUUAUGAAGCAAUACAAUUUGGAUGAAUUUGAGUUUAGUCAAGCUUAUUUGUUUUUUUGGGACAAGGUGGAGCGGUGCAAUUAUUUUUUACAUAAUAUUGUUAAGACUGCUAAACGAAAUGAGCCAGUAGAAGGUCGUUUAGUAUCAUUCUUAUUGCAUGAUCCUAUUUGUGAUGGAGGACAAUGGGAUAUGAUUGUUAAUCUUAUAAAUAGACAUGGUCUUGUUCCUAAAGUCUGUUUUCCAGAAUCCUAUAGUUGUGAAUCUAGUUCACGUAUGAAUACUAUUCUGAAAAGUAAACUGAGAGAAUUUUCCAAAGUUUUAAGAGAGUUAGUAUCUAAUGGGGCAACUGACGAAGACUUGGAAGCUCAGAUUCUAGAACAAAUGAUUGUGAUCUAUCGAAUAAUUGGUAUAUGUUUAGGCAUACCUUCAAAAACGAUCAUUUGGGAAUAUUAUGAUAAAUCAAAAAAUUAUAAUUGUAUUGGACCUAUUACACCAGUAGAAUUUUAUGAAAAAUAUGUAAAACCUUAUUAUAACGUAGAUGAUAAAAUAUGCUUAGUAACAGAUCCAAGGCCAUCUAAUCCAUAUGGAAAGCUUUAUACCAUAGACUGUUUAGGAAAUGUUACGGGUGGGAGACCUACACUGUAUAAUAAUCAACCACCUGAAUUAUUAAUGAAAUUAUGUGCAGAAAGUAUAAAGCAAAAUGAACCUGUAUGGUUUGGAUGUGAUGUAAAUAAACGAUUAAUAGUUAAACAAGGUAUACAGGAUAUGAGAGCAUAUGACUUUGAAUUAAUGUUUGGAACUGAUAUCCAAGUUAAUCUUACAAAAGCAGAUAGAUUACUUUAUGGAGAUUCUAUGAUGGUUCAUGCAAUGGCACUCACAGCUGUUUCAAUUGAUAAUGAAGGUAAAAUUAAACAGUUUCGAGUAGAGAAUUCUUGGGGAGAUGAACAUGGACAAAAAGGGUAUUUAGUAUUAACAGCUGAAUGGUUUUCUGAAUUUGUUUUUGAAGCAGUUAUUGAUAAAAAGUUAGUACCUGCAGAUGUUUUGGAUGUAUUCAAACAAGAACCUAUUAUUUUACCUGCAUGGGAUCCUAUGGGUACUCUUGCUCACUGAUAGUAAUGUAAGCUUAAACAUUUUAAGAUAAACUUUUUUAAUUAACAAAAGAGUUUAUAAAACAUUAAAAAUGAAACAUUACAUAAAAUUUUAAGCACACUGGUACAGCAAAGUACAACAAAC